AUGACGUUAGUAUUGCUAUUGCUUCAGCAACUGCUUCUAAGUUCACCCCAGAAAGGCGAGGCCGAUUCGAGAGCAGUGAUCGCCAAGGAAUAUCUGGAAGGUACGAUACAAAACUUCGGGGAUGUCGCGCCACCGGGUCAGACUCAGUUCCAAGUAAAAACGCGGAAUCUGGGCACGAACGGUAAACGGGUGCCGGAUCAGCUGUGGAGGAGCCAAGCGAGGCUGAGAACGAUUCUGAGAGAUGGCUCAGUGCAGAUUUCGGUGCCUCUCUCCCAGACCUUCAUGCGAAAUGGGCAACGCAUGGCGAUGGUUCAUCCGUACCCGUGUAAUCAGCCCAGAUUAGCAGGAGCCAGGACGUCGACCGCUCCGACGGGGAGUCUGUGUUACCCGAGAGUUGUCUACCGGACCGUUGCACGACCCACGCCUUAUCCCACCCCGUAUCCAACCCCCUAUCCUACACCCUACCCCACGCCUUAUCCUACACCCUAUCCUACUCCGCAUCCCACUCCUUAUCCUACACCCUAUCCCACUCCUUAUCCGACACCCUAUCCUACUCCCUAUACUACACCCUAUCCCACUCCUCAUCCCACCCAGUACCCCACCCCUUACCCUACCCCUUACCCGACUCCAUAUCCAAAUCCUUAUCCGACAGCAUACCCGACUUACCAUCCUACAAGUUACCCUACUCCCUUUCCGAAUCCAUAUCCAACAUCGUAUCCGGAUCCGAACCCGUAUUCCGAGCAGAUCGGUGUCACUGAAUCUUCGAACUUCGAAACGUGGGAUCCAUUCGAUCAUUAUCAAGAUGUGGACCUGGGCACUAAUGACUUGAUAGCCGGUGGCAAUCCCGAGAACGAGGCAGUUAUGAAAAGUGCCGCCAGAAAAGCCAAGGUCGGACCCGUCGAGCCGGCUGCUCAGUAUAGAGGAUCGAAGAAAAUAAUGCCUUCGAAAACACCUCCCUCCCCUGGGGGGCAAGGGCCCCGGAAGAAAUAUCAAGGUCAAGCUCCGACCACGGUGAAGACACCAGCAGCAGCUGUUCAGAAACCGUCGACUCGCGCCACAAAAGUAGUCGCAGACUCCUCGAAGAACACGACGAGCGCUCCCAGAGCUAAGGGUUGA